GUGAAUAAAAAUUACGGAAAGAAGAAGCAUUCACACUAAAGCGAUUUGCCAUUAUAAUUACAAUCAAAACAGUUAAGAUAUUCUAAAAUUAAAAUUUGUGAUAAUAUUUUGUAAUUAUACAAUUUGAAAAUGGGCAAAUUGGCUUUGGAACAUACUUUACAAGGUCAUAAAGGUAGAAUUUGGGGAGUAUCAUGGCACCCGAAAGGUAAUGCAUUCGCCUCAUGCGGCGAGGACAAAACUAUACGCAUUUGGUCGUUAUCUGGAAGCACAUGGACCACGAAAACUAUAUUAUCUGAUGGACAUAAGCGUACAAUUCGUGAAAUCAGUUGGUCACCAUGCGGCCAGUAUUUGACGUCCGCCAGCUUCGAUGGGACCACUGCAAUCUGGUCUAAAACUUCAGGUGAAUUUGAGUGCAUCGCCACUUUGGAAGGCCAUGAAAAUGAAGUGAAAAGUGUAAGUUGGUCCCAUUCAGGCAGCCUAUUAGCUACGUGCUCGCGUGACAAAUCAGUAUGGAUUUGGGAAUUAGCCGGAGAUGAUGAAUUUGAUUGUGCUGCUGUGCUGAAUUCACAUACACAAGAUGUGAAGCGUGUGGUAUGGCAUCCAAAGAAAGAGAUUUUGGCUUCAGCUUCGUAUGAUAAUACAAUAAAAAUGUACGCUGAAAACGCCGCAGACAACGACUGGUACAGUACUGCUACACUGGAAUCACAUACCAGUACAGUGUGGAGCAUUGAUUUCGAUGCAGACGGUGAACGUUUGGUAUCGUGUAGUGAUGAUAAAACAUUAAAAAUAUGGCGCGCUUAUCCACCGGGUAAUGAGGAAGGCAUUUUCACACCAGACAACGAGACGGUGUGGAAAUGUGUUUGUACAAUUUCUGGUGAGCAUUCCAGAGUUAUUUACGAUGUUUCGUGGUGUAAAAAAACUGGUCUUAUCGCUACUGCGUGUGGCGAUGAUGCAAUACGCAUAUUUAAAGAAGAUGCGAACUCACAGAAAAAUGAGCCAACAUUUUCAAUGAUCACAUCAGAAGAUAAGGCACACUUACAAGAUGUGAAUGCCGUUAAAUGGAAUCCUUCACAAGAAGGACAGUUAAUUUCCUGUAGUGACGAUGGUACAAUAAAAUUAUGGAAAUUCAUAGAAUAGAUAGGUAAGAAUUCAACGGUAAUGACUACUUAGCUGCGCUUUAUUACAUUUUAGAAAAAAUAAACGUAUGUACAUA